AUGGCGGCGGGGGCGGCGGGGAGCAUCACCACGCUGCCGGCGCUGCCCGACGACGGGGGCGGCGGCGCCUUUCCCCCCGGGCACUUCAAGGACCCCAAGCGGCUCUACUGCAAGAACGGCGGCUUCUUCCUGCGCAUCAACCCCGACGGCAGGGUGGACGGCGUCCGCGAGAAGAGCGAUCCGCACAUCAAACUGCAGCUUCAAGCAGAAGAAAGAGGAGUGGUAUCAAUCAAAGGUGUAAGUGCAAACCGCUUUCUGGCUAUGAAGGAGGAUGGCAGAUUGCUGGCACUGAAAUGUGCAACAGAAGAAUGUUUCUUUUUUGAACGUUUGGAAUCUAAUAACUAUAACACUUACCGGUCACGGAAGUACUCUGAUUGGUAUGUGGCACUGAAAAGAACUGGACAGUACAAGCCCGGACCAAAAACUGGACCUGGACAGAAAGCUAUCCUUUUUCUUCCCAUGUCUGCUAAAAGCUGAUCUGCAUGGUGGGUUC